CAACCACACCCCUCAAUGUGAAAACUGCAGAGAUUUACAACCAGUCGUUAUAAAUAACACCCAAAUUUAGGUGAAUGGCGUCUACGCCUCUUACUAUGCUUCGGCUCCACCGAACAUGCAGUGAAAUCUGUGUAGGCGUUUCUUGAGAUUGAUGCGACUACUGUCCAAUCACGAUACAGAAGUGUUGCAAACAAGCCUGGAGGUUCUACAGUGAAACACUUUAGGUUCCGACUAAUCUAUGAGCCAAUCAUAGGCCAGAAGUGGGCAGGGCUGGAAUGUUAUGACAAGGUAGGUUGUAUUCGCUGAACUGUCCACGCAUUGGAUGGUCACAUGGUAUUCUCCUUUAGAGUGAGAUGCUUUCGGCUGGAGGGGUUUGUAAUCAUACAAAAACAGAGACACAGCGCCUUGUUAUGGUACUGUAUUCCAGAGAUUGAGUGCAUACAAAACGAACACGGGGAGAAAGACCAACAUUUUUAUUUAUUUUUUUUUGGGGGGGGGGGGGGGGAUUUAAUCCUCCACAGUCCCUUAAUUAUACUGAAGCCAGAGAGUUUUCUCAUAAUAAUAAUAAUAAUAAUAAUAAUAAUAAAAUUGAAGUGUUACUCUCCAUAGUGUUAUUGACACGGCAAGCUAAAUGGGGUCGUACUCAAACCGUGCCGUUUUUGAUACUGUUUGGAGCACUGGACUAAAGAAGGAAGAAGCUUUUCUUUUUUUUUUUUCCUGAAUAGUAAUCGCAACUCUGACGUUUACGUUAACAUUGCAUUUUGUUUAAAAUUUGAAUCUUUUUGAUUUCGGGAUGUAACACGCCGGCUUUUUAGAAACGGACUGGGCUGCUGAAAAAGGUCUGGGAGCAGUCUAGCGCUUGUUUUACUACCGCGCUGUGGUUUCAAUGUAGUUGACUGAAGAACACGCUGUUUAUUUAAAAAACAAAACAAAAACAACAAAAAAAAAAAACACUGUUGCACGUAUUGCUUUUGCAUAUGAAAAGCAUUUAGAUUAUUUUCUUUUUUUUUAAAUGUAACUUUUUUUAUACACCAUGGCUAGUCCAACUACAGAGCACGAUAGUUUUUCAGACGUAAGGAAGGUGGGAUACUUAAGAAAACCUAAAAGCAUGCACAAGAGGUUUUUUGUCUUACGGAUUGCAAGCGUUUCAGGACCUGCAAGACUGGAGUACUAUGAAAAUGAGAAAAAAUGGAGACACAAGUCCGGGGCUCCCAAAAGGUCGAUCCCGCUGGAAAGCUGUUUUAAUAUCAACAAGAGAGCGGACUCCAAAAACAAAUACUUGGUAGCUUUGUAUACUAAGGACGAGUACUUUGCAAUUGCGGCGGAUAAUGAACAAGAUCAAGACAUUUGGUACCAGACUUUAGUGGAUCUGCACAACAGAGGUAAGGUUCACGAUUCUGUUGGGAGUAAUGGAACUGGGGAAGGGGAAGAAAAUUGCGGGGAAUCCACGCCAGGUGCUGCAUUUAAAGAAGUGUGGCAAGUGAUUUUAAAACCGAAAGGUCUGGGGCAAACGAAAAAUCUAAUUGGAAUUUACAGAUUGUGCCUGACCAAUAAGACUAUAAACUUUGUAAAACUGAACUCUGAUGCAGCCGCUGUGGUUUUGCAGUUAAUGAACAUAAGGAGAUGUGGUCAUUCUGAAAAUUUCUUUUUCAUCGAAGUGGGGAGGUCCGCAGUUACGGGACCAGGGGAGUUUUGGAUGCAAGUGGAAGACUCGGUUGUAGCGCAGAGCAUGCAUGAAACAAUAUUGGAGGCGAUGAAAGCAUUGAGUGAAGAAUUUCGACCAAGGAGUAAAAGUCAGUCUUCUUCCAAUUGUUCCAAUCCCAUCUCUGUGCCUCUCAGAAGACACCAUCUUAGCAACCCGCCCCCUAGUCAAGUAGGACUCAACAGGAGAUCAAGGACUGAAAGUAUUAUUGCAGUUUCACCUGCUGGUCCAGGUAAACAUAGUAAUUCAUUCAGAGUUAGAGCCUCCAGCGAUGGAGAGGGGACCACGUCCAGGCCAGCAUCAGUUGAUGGAAGCCCUGUAACUCCCAGUAAAACUAGGACUCAUUCACACAGACACAGCGGUAACUCCAGGCUACAUCCACCAUUAAAUCACAGCAGGUCUAUUCCUAUGCCAUCUUCACGUUGUUCACCUUCAGCCACAAGCCCUGUUAGCUUAUCCUCAAGCAGUACGAGUGGUCACGGGUCCACCUCUGAUUGCCUUUACCCUAGACGCUCCAGCGCCUCUGUCUCGGGAUCCCCCAGCGAUGGUGGAUUCAUUUCUUCUGAUGAAUAUGGUUCAAGCCCUUGUGAUUUUAGAAAUUCGUUCAGGAGCGUUACACCUGACUCUCUAGGCCACACCCCUCCUGCCAGGGAAGAGGAAUUAAACAAUUACAUCUGUAUGGGGAAGUCCAAUCUGAGGCCAAAUGGACAUUAUAAUAGAAGUCACCAGCACAGUACCCCAUCGCAGGUGGAAGAAGCAGAAUUAGAAAAAAGUUUUAGAAAAAGAACCCAUUCGUCAGGUACCUCGCCCCCAACCAUUUCCCAUCAAAAGACUCCAUCACAGUCAUCCACCGCCUCAUUGGAAGAGUACACAGAGAUGAUGCCAACUUACUCUUCCAGCCGCUUGUCGUCUUACAGGCAUUCUGCAUUUGUGCCAACUCACUCAUAUCCUGAGGAGUGCUUGGAUCGUCAUAUUGAGGGCAGUAGAGCUAACAAAACAGAUGAUGGCUACAUGCCAAUGUCCCCCGGUGUAGCUCCUGUUUCUAGUAAAAGUGAUGACUAUAUGCCAAUGAGUCCAAAAAGUGUGUCUGCACCACAGCAAAUCGUUAACCCAAGGGAGCAUUCAAGAAUGGACUCAAACGGUUAUAUGGUCAUGUCCCCUAGUGGCAGUUGCUCUCCAGACCAUACAAACUAUGGCAAAAUAUGGACCAAUGGUGGAAAUCCAAAACUUUCCGUGGAGAGUAAUAAUGCAAAGGAGGUUUCCUGCAAUGACUACAUAAAUAUGUCCCCUGCAAGUGAAUCAACAACCAGCACACCACCAGACUGCUUUUUUAAUCCAGUUGACGAUCCACCAAAACCUAUGUAUUCCUAUUUCUCGUUACCUCGGUCAUUCAAGCAUGUUCAGAGAAAAAAUGAUGAAAGCCACUUGCGCCUAUCUGUGAAUUCAGGGCGCCUGGCAUAUGGAGAGGAUUCAUCCUCAUCGACAAGCAGUGACAGUUUAGGAGGGCAAGAGAAUGGACUAGUAGUUAAACCUAGAAAAGUUGAUUCUUAUAUGCAAACGAAAGGAAGGCUUAUUCGUCCAACAAGACUCUCCCUUGAUCAUAACAAGGCCAGCACACUCCCACGGACACGUGAGCACCCACUUCCACCUGAGCCAAAAAGCCCAGGGGAAUAUGUCAACAUUGAAUUUAGUGACAAAUCCUUUUCAGUUAGUUCAGCUUCAUUAUUCUCCCCCAUGUAUGCAGAGAACAUGAGGCAAAGGCAGAAUUCUUCAGAAUACAUGAAUAUGGAUCUAGGAGCCCAUGGUGGCAAGCCAAGUUAUUUAGCAAAAUCUUCAGUAGGUACUACAGGAUGUGCACCUGGCUGUGCUGAGGGUAGUGCUGCUGCUGUUGUUUCCAUUGCCCCCACUACUGCUUCAUGCAGAGGACAGCAGAGCUGCGAUUAUGUGAGUAUGCAGCUGAGCACCACCAGCACAGGCUAUACAGAAAUUGCCACUGGAGCUGCUAAAACAACCCCCAGGUCCAUUUCUCCAAAGCAUGAAGUGGUCCCAAUGAAUAUUGUUUCUGAUGCUGCACAUGCCAGUUUAUUGGUCCAGAUAUCGGGAACAAGUGCUUUUACAAGAUUAAACUCUAUCCCAAACCAGAAUCAAGGUGCCAAAGUGAUCCGUGCUGAUCCCCAAGGAAGAAGGCGGCACAGUUCGGAGACUUUUUCUUCUACACCUGCUGCUAGUGGUGGUGUAACUUUAUCCUAUGUAGAAGAUGUGAAACGGCAUAGCACUACAUCUUUCGAAAAUGUCUGGCUCAUGCAAGGUGAAUCUGCUGUCUCUGUAAGAAAUGAACAGCAGCCAGGUGCCAGUACAACAGCAUUUGAAAACGGACUGAAUUACAUUGAUCUGGACAUAGUCAAGGAUUUUAACAACCAAGAGCGGACCUCCCUCCAGCCAAAAUCCCCUAAUCAGCCUUGUGGAAAUAACUCUGGUGCUGAUUUAGGUGCUUAUGCAAGCAUCAGCUUUCCAAAACUAGAUGAUGUAAGGAGCAACCCGACAAAAAGAGAAGAGUGAUGACUUUAAAAGCUCAGCAAACCUGAGUGAUGGGUACCCAGACUGUAGAUUUCUUCUAUGCCAUAACCCAGGACCUCCCCUCCACCUUUCAGUUGAUGGUACAAUGCAUUUGGGUUACAUUGUUUACUUAGUAUAACCUCAGGACUUCAUUGAACUGCACAACACAUUUUUGCCAAACAAAUAGCACUGUGACACUGUGACACCUGAACAACCCAUCUGCUACUUUGGGAUUUUAACAGAAAACUCCUCCUCUAUACCUAACACUAGAUCACUAUGUGAAUGGGUAUACUGUAACACAUAAAUGGACACUGUAUAUAUAUAUGUAAGUAAGUAUGUAUGUGU